AUGUCAGCUCAUGAAAGAGGAUUCAACUUGGAACCACCAGUGUACGACUAUGGUGACAAUUCAUUCAGAAGCAAGAUAAAUGAAGCUAAAGAUCAAAUAACAAAGGUCAGCUAUCAAGUAUUAGAUUGGUGGAAUAUUCAACCAUUUUAUAAAAAGGCUUUGCUAGUAUUAGCCAAUAUAUUUUUGGUGCUUAUGGCUCUACUAUCAAUUGUAUACCAUGAAACUCUUGUUCAUUAUGUUGUUGAAUAUUCAGAUAAAUGGUCUAAAAAGCCAAUAAGUUUAUUGAUCAUUGCUAUGAUGUUAUUUAUCAUUUCAUUCCCACCAUUGAUUGGAUUCAGUUUUACAAAUACAAUGGCUGGUGCAUUCUAUGGUGUCAGCUUUAAAGGAUGGAGUAUUAUUGCAUUUGGUUCUAUAACUGGUUCUGUUGCCGCAUUCAUAUUUUACAGAUAUAUUUUAAAAUCUAGGGCACAUGCAUUGAUCUCUUCAAAUCAAAAAUUAUACGCUUUUUCUACAAUUUUACAAGAAAACAACAGUUUUUGGAUAUUAACAUUAAUAAGGUUAUGUCCUUUCCCUUAUUCAUUAACAAAUGGUGCAUUAGCUGCUAUUCCUGGUGUUUCUAUUCUUAACUUUACAUUAGGUAGUGUGAUCAGUUCACCAAAGCUGGUUAUUUAUUUAUUCAUUGGGGCAAAACUUAAAGAUUUAGGUGAAGCUAAAGAUACCACUACAAAGAUUAUUGAUUUUGCCUCCAUAAUCUUGACAUUUGUGUUUUUGAUACUAACAGGUUGGAUCUUGUAUAUGAAGACAAAUAAGAAAAUGGAAGAAUUAAGAGUUGAAAGUGGAUUUCAACAAUCUGAUGAAAAUCAAAAUUUUGAAAAUUUCUUAGAAAAUGAUUCAGAAAUUCAAAGUACAGGUAAUACAAACUUAGAUACUGAAUUUGAUAUAGAUGAUUUUGAUAGAGAUACCAAUAAACAAGUGAGAUGA